GCGACGCGAUCGCACCCUCCCUCCUCUGGCACCCUCGGCGCGGCGGUCCUCCGCCGGCCUCCUCUCUCGCUCCCGUUCCCCGUGAGCGCGUCCCGCGUACCGCCGGAUAUCGCCUCGCCAGCAGCGACAGGGGUGGUGGAAAAGUGGUCGGAGCCAGGAACAACCACGCCCCGGUCGCGGACAACGCACGCCAACCCGAGAGGCUAGCCGAGGGUGUCUCUGUCCGCCACCGAUACGGCCGUCGCGGCGGCUGCGGGCCACGGGGGUGGCUUUCGUGGUGCGCGACUGGGACCGAAGGGAAGGAAGAGGAAGCGCGCGCGUCCACGCGGCACCAAGCGCGCUAGCCGCCGCCGCGCUAUGGCUAGUCCUCGGAUAUCCUUUAUCGGCGAUGUCACUUUGUGCCGGCGACGUGCGACGCUAGGCGCGAAUCGGUCACGCCUCGGCGCCUUGGCGGCGGCUUAACGACGCUUAAGUGGAUAAAGUGGUCGACGGGUCCGCGAGAGCUCGUCGCUCGCUCGUGAAUUUUCGCGUCUCACCGUCGCGUCGUCUCCCCUUGUCCGGACCGCGACGAAGACGAAGACGAAGACGAAGACGACGACGACGACGACCACGUCGCUCGUUAAUCGUCGCCGUGAUCGCUGGCGUACGAGCGACCGCGAGCGCGCGAUCGAGGGAGGCCACAUCGCCGCGUCAACUCACCCCCGCGUCUUCCCGCCAGAGAGGGGACCAGCGAUUCGGCAUGCGGUGCUGAGGGUGACCCGCGACCGAGGAGGUCGACGAGCCUGACGGAUUUCUCUCUUCCUCCUUCCUCCUUCCUCGCUCUCUCUCUCUCUCUCUCUCUCUCUCUCUCUCUCUCUAUACAUAUCUUUCUCUCUUGGUUUCUCGUCUCGAGACAAGGUCAAGAGAGAGACACGCGAUCCCACGCGGUAAAGUUCGCGAGGGUGUCCGCGUGAUGCGAAGAAGAGCGCGCGACGUCGUCGGAGGACGUGGGUAGGAGCUGAAGCAACAGCCGAGGAACAGAGCUCGCCCCUCGCACAGCCUGACGCACAGCCGCACGUGAGGACAACACGUCGGACCCGCGAGGGAUCGUCCAGCCCCAGCUCGAGCGGCGAGCCACGAUCCACGACGAUCCGAUACGAGUCCGCAGCGUCCAGCAGCACGAGCUGAUCGUAGUAACAUGGUAGAGAGCACUUAUGCGAGCGACUCGCCUCGAUCACGCUCUCCCAUGACGGAGCCGUCGAGUCCGCUGCAUGAUGGUCCCGGUAUAUCCGGCUACAACCACAGCUACCUGUACAGCUAUUCGCCCGAGAGCUUCCAGCAGAAGCUGAAGAGCGUCGACGGCGUGCAGAAUCACGUGUCGCCGGCGACGAGGCGCAGCGACGCCGCGACUGCCGCCGUCGUCGCGGCCGCCGAUGCCGCGCACGUCGACCGGACGUACUCCAGGAGUCCGAUCGGCCUCGGCGAGGAGGUAACCCGGCACGCCGGCAAUCGCGAGACCUCGCGAGCCGGCUCCUCCGCCACCAUGUCGUCGCCCACGUCGCUCUUCACCAUCGACAGCAUCCUGGCGCCGAGGCCGAUCGGCAACGUCGUCAGCCCCACGAGCACCACCACCGUCGCCAGCUCCGGCGUCAUCCAGACGCCGGAGACGAUCGAGUCGGCCGGACGCACCGCGGCGAUGCACCCGUUGCAGCAGCAGCUGCACCACUUGGCGUUCACCUCGGCGGAUUUCCUCGCCGCCGCAUAUCCAGGACUCUAUCCCGGAGGAUACGUGGCAGCGAUGGCCGCCGCCGGGGUCUCCCUGCACGGCCAGCCGGCUUUCUACCACGCCGGCCACCAUUAUCAAAUCAACCCCAACAAUCCGGGAAUGGGUCCGAUGGCGAAGAGGAAACGUCGCCACCGGACGAUAUUCACCGAGGAGCAACUGGAGCAAUUAGAAGCCACCUUCGACAAGACGCACUAUCCCGACGUGCUGCUGCGGGAGCAACUGGCGCUGCAAGUCGACCUUAAGGAGGAGCGAAUCGAGGUGUGGUUCAAGAACCGUCGCGCCAAGUGGCGGAAGCAGAAGCGGGAGGAGCAGGAUCGUCUGCGGAAGCUGCAGCUGGAGCAGCGUCAGCGCAGCGACGACGGCGGUGCCGCGGCGACGGUGAUGGUGAGCGAUCGUUUGAGCCUGAACAGGCAACAGCAGCAGAAGCUUGAGCAGGACACGGACAGCUCCGACCUCGAGGUAGCGUAGUCGGGCCCACGGCGAGGCGAGUCGCGAGUCCUCCCGUCGGCGGUCGAGGAGCAGCAGGAGGACCAGGACGAGGUCGAGGUCGAGGAGAUGAGCAGAUAAGCAGGCGGCCCGGGAUUGUCGCGCUCUUAUCGACGACGACGGGGCAUGUACAUACGUCAUUCAAUUGUACAUAUUAUUGUAAAUAUGAGUAACGAUGGAUGUGUACAAUACCGAAAUAAAUUAUUGCAUCGAAGCAC